GUCCAAAAUCAUUUUAUUUUUAACAGGGAAAGUGUCGGUCGUUACUCUCUCUCCCCAAUCCCGCAGACUCUGCGUUCCUUCCUCUAUCACGUGUAAAGCAGUAAACGUGCCAUUACUUGCAAGAUCCAUCCCCCAUCCGCAAUUCACGCCCUCUACUCUAUUUUCUUAACUCACUCACCACUCCGCUUUCUUUUCCUCUCCAUUAAUCCCAAUCUCUCUUUCCUCCUCCCCCCCAAAAUUCUUCCCAUCCUCUCUCUGACGCAAUUCAUCGAACACAUAGACCGCGUCCACAAUUCCUCCCUUCUUCCUCCACCGCCGUUCGUCUUCUUUCAGACCGUCAGCGCCCUGGGUCUCCCACUCCCUCUCCCAACAGUCUUACUGAGAUCCCUCCGCCGGGAACUGAGUUUUCUCUUCGCUUACCUACCGGAGGAAUCUGAUUCUGCGAUUCGACAUUUUAUUGUUGAUGGUUUUCGUUCUGCAUUAGAGAAUUGCCAAGGGUUAUUCGUCCAGAUCUAAUGGCGAAAUCUUCCACCUCUUCGAGAAACAGGCCGUCUCCUCUGACCAACAACGAUGGCUGCCUCUACAUGGGCGGUGCCGUCUUCGCCUUCUUACUCGUCUGGUGCCUCUGGUCCUACGCCGGCCCGGCCGACUCCGGCGGCGGCAACAGCUUCAUGCCCAGGGUAUUCAGCGACAUCGGCUGCACCCGCCCGGCUCCGAAUCUCAGAUUCGACCCGCCCGACUCCACCUUCUACGACGACCCGGAGCUGCGGUACUCGAUCGAGAAGAAGGUGACCGGGUGGGACGAGAAGCGGAAGGAGUGGCUGAAGCGGCACCCGACCUUCGCCGCGGGUGCCAAGGACAGGGUCGUGAUGGUGACCGGCUCGCAGCCGAACCCGUGCCGGAACCCGAUCGGCGACCACCUCCUUCUCCGGGCGUUCAAGAACAAGGUGGAUUACUGCCGGAUCCACGGCUACGACGUCUUCUACAACAACGUCCUCCUCCACCCGCGGAUGAAGAGCUACUGGGCGAAGCUGCCCGUGGUGAAGGCGGCGAUGCUGGCUCACCCGGAGGCCGAGUGGAUCUGGUGGGUCGACUCGGACGCGUUGAUCACAGACAUGGAGUACAAGCUCCCCUUGGACCGAUACAACUACAAGGGCCACAACUUGGUGGUCCACGGCUGGUCCAAGAUGAUCUACGAGGAGAAAUCAUGGACUUCGCUAAACGCCGGCGUUUUCCUCAUCCGGAACUGCCAGUGGUCCAUGGACUUCAUCGACGUUUGGGCCAACAUGGGCCCGAUCAGCCCGGACUACAAGAAAUGGGGGGUGAUCCAACGGUCGGUGUUCAAGGACAAGCUGUUCCCCGAAUCGGACGAUCAAUCGGCCCUGAUUUACUUGCUCUUCAAGGACCGGAAAUUGACGGACAAGAUUUAUCUGGAAGGGGAGUACUACUUCGAAGGGUAUUGGGUGGAGAUCGUGCCGACGUACGCCAACAUAACGGAGAAGUACACGGCGAUGGAGCGGGAGGACGGCACGCUGCGGCGGCGGCACGCGGAGAAGGUGAGCGAGCAGUACGCGGCGUUUAGGGAGCCGCACCUGAAGGACGCCGGGAACGGGCGGUGGAGCUGGCGGCGGCCGUUCAUAACGCACUUCACCGGGUGUCAGCCGUGUAGCGGGGACCACAACCAGAUCUACGCCGGGGAGAGCUGCUGGAGCGGGAUGGUGAAGGCGCUCAACUUUGCGGAUAAUCAGGUGUUGAGGAAGUAUGGGUUCAUGCACCCGGAUCUGCUGGAUUCCAAUACGGUGACGGAGACGCCGUUUGAUUAUCCUGACGAAGGACCGUGGUGAUUAGAUGGAAAAGAAGGUAGAGAACUGGUAGAAUUGCAGGAGCGAAAAGCGAAAAGCGAAAAGCUUUGCUGGAUUGUGUAAUUAUAUGCUUAGGUGCUCUCAGGCGAUAAUAAUAAAAGAAGUUCUCCGAUAUUUAUUUGUGUCUAGUGGCUAAAAGCAAAGGUUAGUGGAGUGGAGUACUGGAGUUUGAUCUUUUUGAGUGGUAACCAAACGGAAAAAAGCAAAGGCCGUGGCGUCGAAAAAAUUCCUUCAGACCCGAAGAAAGGAUUGGGAAUGUUUGAAUGAUAAGAUACGUCAGAGUUGAGAAUAAUUUGAGAUAAGUCUG